AUGUUGUACUCAAUACCUAUGAUAUCGAGCAUGAAGACCGACGUGGAGUAUAAAGAGCCAUGGAAAAGGUAUUUCGAGAUAUGGUGGAAUGGUAUCAAAAGCUUGCCGCAAACUACUUCUAUACACGGCUUCAAGUUUAUCGCUGAUUCCGAUAGACAUUGGGUGGAAAGGAUAUUCUGGCUAAUAGUCGUUGCUUUGUCCUGGUACGGUUCAUCGUUGCUGAUCGCUGCUCAGUAUGAUGCCUUUCAGAAUAACCCCAUCUCUUUCGUCGUGGAGACUACAUACAAGGACUGGGAUACUGAAUUUCCUUCGGUUGUGGUGUGUGAAAACGAUAAUUCAGAUCGUGUUGAAGAAAUAUCUGAUAGAUUAUGGGGAGAAGAUCACGACUUCAGUAUGGAAGAAGUAUUGAAAGAGUUGGCAUUUUUUAAGGGGAUCACAUACUACACGUCUGAAUUCUGUAACUUGGUAGAUCCACUACCAGACUGCAUGCAAAAUAAUCUUUCUUAUUAUGCUAACAUGGUAAGAGUAACUUGUGAAGAGACAUUAGCAAAUUGCUCUUGGAACGGGAAACCUUUCGACUGUUGUACCUACUUCGCACCAAUGGAGACUGAACUUGGAACGUGCUUUGCAAUCAAUACUCUACAAGGAAGAGAUAAAAAUGCUCCCAAACUAGACAUGAUAAGCAACCAAACAACAGGUCCUGGAAUGAUUACCUUUGAUGUAAUGGUUACCGCAAAUAUUUACAUUUUGAACGCAGAAGAAGUUCCUACUAUAACUACAAUUGGCUCAGACGUAUUAACAGUUGGACAAGAAGUGAAUUAUAAACGUUACAUAACAAUUCGAAACAUCGAGAAUGAUGUAGGUGCACGUCUCAUAUCACCAGACAAACGUAAAUGUCGUUAUACAGAUGAGAACUUCUUGCAAGUAUAUAAACAUUAUUCAUACACAGCGUGCACUGUGCAAUGUAGAAAGGAUGCUCAAUUAAAAUUGUGUAAUUGUACCAACUACUUUAUGCCUGGAGUUCCAGAACAUCUCAAAUGUAAUGUCAGCGGCAUAAUCUGUUUAAAUAGCCAUGUCCACGAGCUUUCGGUCCUUAAAGCUCGUUGGUCACACCGCUUUGGACUAUCUUGUAAUUGUCUGCCUUCAUGUACUGAAGCAGAGAUAACUAUCACAAAGGACUUUAAGUUUACUACAUCGGAGAAUUUCGCCAAUGUGCAGAUAGUAUUGGCGGUAUUGCCAAGUGAACGUUAUAGGAGAAACGUCGUACGUGGUGUACUUGAUUUAGUCGUAUCUACGGGUGGAACCGGAGGACUCUUUCUUGGCGCCAGUAUUUUAAGCUUCGUUGAGCUAUUCUACAUUUUGCUCAUCCGGCCAUUUUGCGAUAUUUACAGUCAACGUGAUGACGAUCCGUGGCAUAGAAAGUUCGGGAUGCGGAAAAUUCAAGACAACAACUUUAUCCCAAACUGGGGUUGGUCUUUUAAUAGGAAAAGGACUACGGUCCAACCAAUCAAUAAUAAGGAUAAGUUUUUAAACGCCGGUCGUAAAGACUAA